AUGUGGUUCUGGCUGAAGGUUUCCAAUUUAGGGGUCAGACUCAAGUUGCUGGGUAUGGACUUGUCCGAGCAGAUUUCCAUGUCGUCCGGCUUCUUUGUUCCCAGCGGCGUUCCUGGAAUGGAGGGUGUGUUUGGCGUUUUGGCCUCUUGCGAGCUGGCAAACAGUUUGCACAGCUUGGUGUCAGAGGACCCGUUCAGAAGCUUGUACGACUGCGACGUGUGCGAGGUCGGCGGUUCGAGCACUUCUUUGUCGUUCGGCGUAGUGGGGGACUGUGUUUUCGCCUGCGACGGACACCAGUUGCCGAGAUCUGUUGAGUGGGAAAAUGAUUCCAGCGUCUGCUCCGCGAUGAAGGAUGUGGGGAGAUAUAUCUUUGGGUCUUUGGGCUUUUGGUUGCUGGCAGGCUGGACGUGGGCGGCGGAAAAACUUGGUCCGUGCGUGGACAUGGUGAUUCGGGCUUUGGUCACAUUGGUUGGCUGGUCUGAACUCAUUGGAAAUAAUUAA